AUGGAGCUGGACACCGACGAUGGUGAGGAUGUGGACCUGGCGCAAGCUAAGGACGACGUUGUGGGUGCCAAGCGCACAUUGCCUGGUGACGAGGUCACAGCAUCCGCGGCUACCGGGACUAAGAAGCCCAAGAGCGUGCCGUUUCCUUCGACGGCACAAGUCAUCCCGAACAAAGGUGGUGGCGACUGUUUGUUUCAUGCCGUUGCUCAGGCCGUCGGCGAGGUUGAAGGCCGAAAGAUCGGCCACCGCCAGGUCAGAGCAGCUCUUGCCGACUGGGUUGCGGCCAAUGCUGAGACGCUUAAGCCCCAUUGGGACGGCCUCGGUCCCGAUUCCAAGGACCUCCAGGCAUCUGGCUUCACUGCAUAUUGCGACGCCAUCCGUAUGCAAGGCAGCUGGGGAGGAUACCUCGAGAUAUUCGCCACUUCGGUGGCGCACGGACUCAACGUGUUGGUCCUGUGCCGGGAUGCUGUGCAUAAGUUUCCGGCCAAUGCCCAGGACCGUGGCCAUUACAUCGUGCUCAAGUAUGACGCCGCUCACUACGAGUACGUUCGCAUGGAGAGCAAGGACAUCGCUAACCUUUGGUUGUCAGCUGUCGUUCCCGCUUUCCAUGGUCACCGUGGCGCUGGCUUGGACUUCUCGGCUUACGAGGCGGGCUCGUCGUCGGGAUCUGCACGCUCGGGUGGCCGUUCCGCUGCGGGUGGUCGCCGUACCUCUGGCCUGAACUUCGCGGCUUACGAUGCUGGCUCUUCGUGUGCAUCCACUGCUGGUGCGGGUGGCCGGGGAUUGGCUUUCUCAAGGUAUGCUGCUUCUUCGUCGAAGGCGAGCUGUGCUUCUGGUGGCAAGGACCGCAAGCGCCUGUGCGAAGGCUUCUCGCGACAUGCUUCACAUGGAUCGUGUGCUGUGCGGCACUCCUCUGUUGCCGGCGAUGGUGGCUCCGUCUGUGGUGAUGAGAUUGCUGAGUUUCCUGCCGAGGCGGGCGAGGGUCCUAUGCCUCGUUUUCCCAGUAAGUACUUUGUACGUCCCGGGCUUUAUCGUGCAUGCUGCGAUCUUUGUCCUUACGUCAAAGAGACUACCAGUGCUGGACUUGCAGCUGUCUAUCUGCAUAAUCACCGGAAGUUUCAGCAUGGUAAGGCAGGUUGCCCAGGGACGCGUAAGGCCAACUACGGUGUUGCCCGUCUCCGUCCGGGUGAGGUCGCUGCUUGGCGGUGUCCGGUUCAGGGUUGCAGAUACGGCAUUACGUGGACGCGCAUGGUGACUCUUGGCUCUCGCACCACGGUUUGUAAACACAAGCUUGCACAUCGGCUCGCACGGCAUCCCGAUAUCACGCGAUCCAAGUGGUGGUCUCUUUGUGCUUCUAAGGCUCCUGGCAUCGGUGCACGGGCCCGGGCGCGUUCGCUGAACGCUUCUGCUGAGCGGCACCUGCGAGGGGAGGCCUUUCCUUCUGGUUUCAGGCUUUUUACGUGGCCGUUCAUUCGGCGCUCCAAGGGCAAACGCAAGCUUGGGAUGAACCGUGUCGGUCAGUGUCCUUCAUGUCGUCGUACUUUCAGGGCUGGCGAGAGUGCUGAGGGUCACACCUGCUCGCCUACGAAGCCUGCGAUCCUCAGGCGGCGCAUCAAGAAGCUCCGUGCUUUGCUUGCUAAGCCACCUGCCGGUCAUGGUUUGGACAAGGAUGCUUUCAAUGAUCUUUCAGCAAUGACUUGGCUCUCUACGUUGAACUUGGGUCGUGGUGGGGUGUCUAAGACUUCGGAGGCUCUGGCUUCCUUUGAUGCCCCUCCUGAGCUUAUCGCUUUACAAGAGUUGGGUUUGAAUCCUGAGUCUAGAGUUCCCUAUGUCCAGGAUUGGCGUCGCAGAGGAUAUUCCUGUGUCCUCGGCCCCGGGGAACGUUGGACUAGGGUUGGUCUUACUGCCCGAUGUCCGAUUUCUCCUUUUGCCCUGCCUCGCCAGGAGGCCAACGAUCGAGCUCAGGCCUUUGACUUGGUACAGUCGGUCAUCGGAUCCUUGCAUGAAGUUGGUUUGCCUUGGAUUCUCCUCGGUGACUUCAACUUGACUUUGGAGUAUAGCGGGUUACAGUCCCUCUGUGCCCGAGGCGCCUGCGUGACUCUUGACUUUGCGUUCGCGGCGCCGUGUUCCUUGCCGGCUACUCGGGUAGCUGGUAACCGUCGCAUUGACUUUGGUCUUUCCUGCGGCAAGUUUCUUCCUUCGGAGCUUCGCCACUAUUUGUCGGUCUCCGAUCAUUUCGCAGUUUCUUACUGCUUCGAUUUCGCGCCGUGGCGCUCUCUGCGCUCUCCGUCUCGUGUUCCUCUUGCCGACUGCAGUGAAGACGAGAUUGCGGCUAAAUUCGUUUCCUGUUUUGUCCAGCAUGAGUUUGCAGAGCUGCUUGAGGCUGGUGAUGUUGACGGCGCCUGGACUUUGCUUAGCGGCGCCGCCGAGCGUGCAAUGACCAAGAUGCCCCUUGCUGCUGCGGUGCCUCGCUCCGACCUUUGGGUUCCUGUUGAGACUCCCGCUGUUGCCAAGGGUGCUAGAAGUGAUGAACCGGUUCGGCUUCGUCAGCUUCGUCGCCUCCACAGGCGAUUACUGCAGCUCCAGCGCCAUCCCGAUGACGCGUGCUUGUGUGCUACGGCGCUUCGCUCGCUCUCUGCUCUUGCCACCGUGGUCCCGGAGUUGUGCUCUUGGCGGGAUGGCUCACUCACUGAGAUUGCCGCCUGUACUGUUGCCGCCAUCUCUAGGUUUGACGCCGAGCUUAAGGCCGAUAGGCUUGCGCGUUGGAAAACUGAGGUGACCCUUUCGCAGCGCAAGGCCAUCGCUUGGGUUAAACAGAGGGUUGCUGCUGAGGCGGACGGCCUUCCCCCCCGCAGUCGCGAUCCUUCUCUUCCUUUUCGUGCCUUGCAUCCAGUGAGUGUGAUUCGUGAGGCCGAGGAGGAGUGGCUUCCUCUUUGGUCUCGUGAGGCUCCUUCCACUGAGGCUUUUGAAGUGCUUUUGCGUGAGGUUGGAGGUGCUCAGUCUCCGUCCCAAGGCAAGGUUGCUUGGUGUGGCAAAGCUCUUCGUCGCGGCGCCAAGGCCAUGUGUGGCCGUGUUGCGGGGCAUGAUUGUUGGGGGCCUGAGGACCUCAUCCGUCUGCCUGACGCUUGGUUUGAUGCGCUCGCUGACCUUUGGCGGGCUGUUUGGUCGACCGGUCGCAUUCCCGCCACUUGGCAACGUGCCAGGGUCUCCUUGCUGCCGAAGCCCGACGGCGGUUGGCGGCCUUUGUCCAUCACGCCGGUGGUUUGGCGCCUCGGGUCUCAGCACGUUGUUCGUUAUCUCAGUUAUCUCCGUCCGUGGUGUGCUUCUUGGGCCUCGCCUCACAUCCUGGGGGGCCUCGCCCAGCGCUCCGUCGAGCAAGCGCAUGUUCGCAUCAACGAGGCCAUGACUGACUGCGCUGCUCGUCUCUUUGUUGCCCAGGACCUGAGCAAGUGUUUCGACUGCAUCUCGCUUGAGCUGGCUCUCUGUGCCCUCCGGCAUUGGGGUGCCCCUUGUGAGCUUAUUGCUCUGUUGAAGUCGUUUUACUCCGGUCAGGAAAGGCUUUUCAGCUUCGCGGGCCAUGUCGGUGGCAAGUGGCAUGCCGUCACCAACGGCAUCUUGCAGGGCUGCCCGCUUAGCCCUCUCGUUGCUGCUGCUCUGCUGCAAGUGUGGGCUUUGCUUGUCUGCCGUGACGGCGUUGAUGGCGUCAUCUACAUAGAUGACAGGACUUUGUGGUCUGAUGCCAUUGGCGCUGCUGCUGACCAUGCCAUGCGUGCUGCUCUGCUCCGGUCGUCGCGCUUCGAUGCUGCCUGCCUGUUCGCUUGCAGGCCUCGCAAGUGCCAGGUUGCUUCUUCCCGCUUGGAGCUGUACGCUGACUUCGUCCAGGACAUUGGUUACCCUGCCAGUGGAGAACUGAACGUUUUGGGGCUGCGCCAUCAAUCCAGUGGCGGUUGUGUGCCGGCUAAAGGCGAUGUGGUUGAGCUCGCUCUGCGAUGCCGCUUCCUGCGCAUCCUCGGUCUUCCUUACGGGGCUCGUGCUGCCAUUCUCCGGUGUUUGGUCACUUCCAAGUUCUCAUGGAUCGCCUCGGUCGCCACUGAGAUCAGCCUUGCUUUGAUCGGCCAUCUUGCUCUCCGUGACUGCCCCCGGGCCUUGGUCUACGAGAUCUUUGGCUGGGAUUGCGACCCCAGGUUUGCCUUCGAGUGGGCCUCGUUGCAGGCUGCUGUCAGGUGGCAGCUUCGGCUUCCAGUUUGGCAUGAGCAGGUUUGUCUUCGCUUCGCGCUGAAGCAGUGGCCUGUUCUUCUUCCUGGUUCCGCGAAGGUCCUCAGCAGUCUGGCUUGGUGGGCUUCAGCUGAUGGGGCCGUCAUCCACCGCAGUGAUGGGGCUGGUCGCGUCCGCUCGUUCAGGAUCGGGGUCGACAGCCUGUCAUGCUUGCGCGGCUGGCUCAAGCAUGAGUUCAAGCGCCGUGCCUUGGCUUCGCUUCACCGACAUGACGACCCGACUCUCGCGCAGGGCAUACUGUUGCCUAAGCCUGCCGCUCACCUUGCUUUGUCUGCAAAAGCACACCGCAGAGUUUUCUUCGAGCAGGGUGUUUCCCGGUCUACUCGGGUGGUUUGCUUAGGCUCGGGGUGUUCGGUUUGGUUCCAGAACGCGUUCCACAAGCGACCUCGGCAGCAGUGGCACACCCGCUGCCUGUGUGGGCUGGAGAUGCCUAGCCGGCCUCACCUCGUUUUUCAGUGUCAGGCAUUCGCUUCGGUUCGCCUUGCUCAAGGCGUCACUUCGCCAGUCAAUCGAGCUGAAGAACGACUUCUCGCUGUAGCUGUGCCGGAGCUUCCGCCUCCUCCGGAGGCCUUUCUUGUCAGUGAAGCUCGUGACGAAGUCUCGAGACUGCUUGAGGCCGCUGUCCAGGGCGGUGCUGCACUCUUGCUGUGUGCUACCGACGGUUCUGCCAAGGAAUCUGUGGCUGGGUGGUCUGUGGCCGUUGAAGCAACCGGUACGGCUGUGUCGCUGCUGGAGACUGAGGAUCACCUGCCCUUCAUCGCCGAGGUCGUCGCUUUGGUCGUCUUCUUCGAGGCGCUCGAUGCCUUCCGGUCGCUGCACAGAUAUGGAGUCGACUACACCUGUUCCUGGGUGCCUGCGCACGGUCGUGCCUCUCAGGGUUGGCGGCCACCCGAGGGUGUUGAAGCUGCUCGCGCCAGGAGGAUCAACGCGGUCGCCGACGAUGCGGCCAAGCAGUGUGUACUCCGUGCCUGGCACGGGUCGGCGAGGCGAGCUUGGCACCGCCAGGUCGCCGCUGCACAGGUCCGUGAGUUGCAGUACCUCCGUGCCGCUUCCGAGGUUGCAGCGAGGUACACGCAGUGGGUCGCUUAG